CAAUCUAUUAAAUGGGACGUUUCUAAACCCACUAUUAAUAUCAGCCGUCAGCGUAUUCAACAAACUGUAUUUCAUAAAUGAUCUCGUUUUUCCCUAUUUCUUCUUUCGCUUUAUUCCCCAUCUUCUCUACUCCUUUUAUUUACAGCUCUCGUGUCGCGUUUUUGUGACGUAGCAUGUAGUUUGUCCAAGUGGAGUCGUCGUCCAAGAACCACUUCAGCUCACAUCAUUGUUUAUGGGGGGGGGGAAACUUAAUAAUUAGGGCUCGAUUUAAAGCAUUGAAGCCCCGUCAGUAUUUUACUGUCGGAAAUAGUCAUUUAUUACAAAAUGUGUGUUCUUUCAGCUUCUUUCGGUACAUGUUAACUUCUAGCUUAGCUUUUUAGCAACACAUCGCAAACAAAUUGUAAAAACUGUGAUUAAUACGAUUAUCGUGAGAAAAUGCGCAAAGUGGAAAUAUUGAAGACGUUGCUGAAUGCCCGUCUGAGUGCAGCUGUUGAAGAUUUUUUUUCAGUGUUGGUAAGAACUAUAGCGGAUUACGAGGUUGAACUCUGUCGGACGAAAGAGGAGAACGAAAGACAACGGCAGCUACUAAAUGCUGUUUUCAAUAAAUCCCGAGAUAAACUGCACAGAGCAGGUCCUGCAGAUGUUCCGGAAGAAUAUUUUAACUCCAAGCACCAAGUCCCAGAGUACCCUAACAUCGGAGAGGAAAAUGCCAACCUUGCUCACUCAAAAGGAGAAGAGAAGGAGGCUGAUAUCAUCAAGUUCAUUUUUACUGGGGUCCCUUUGAAUAGUGAAGCGGAAGAUAAAGGUCAACACAUGGAGAACAGAAAGGUCGAGCCUUCAAGCAGCAGCUCGAGUUGCCGCAUAACAACUGAAGACAAAUUUUUUGCUCCACUAUCAGAUAGCGAUGAAAUAACGUACCACUCUGACACCGAUAACGACGAAAGCUCAAAAGGGGACUUGAUUCGUCACACGGUCAACAAGCGAGUGAAAUGUUCUCUGUGUGACAACACCUUUUUCAACAAGUCAUCCUUGAAAAGACACUUUAUGACGCACACCGGAGAGAAACCUUUUGCUUGUUCAGUCUGUGGCAAAACAUUCCGGAUAAAUGGAGAUUUAAAAAUCCACAUGAGAAUCCACACCGGAGAGAAACCUUUCGCCUGUUCCAUUUGCGGUAAAGGAUUCACUCAGCGGGGACAUUUAAGAUCACACGUAAGAACACACACCGGAGAGAAGCCUAAGGGUGUUCCUUCUGCAACUUAAGUUUCAGUCAACGUUCAUCAUUGGUACCACACAUGAGAACACAUACUGGGGAAAAACCUUCCUCCUGCUCUCUUUGUGGCAAACGUUUUUCUCUACAUGUCAAUUUGGUAAGACACAGAAGAACGCACGAGAGUGAGAACGCGUUAGGUUGCAAUGACUGUGAGGAACAAUUCUGCAAUGAGUCGGAGAUGAACCGAUACAUGUGCGCUGAUGAGAAGAACGGUGGAAAAUGAAGUUGCUAAACUUGAUGUCUUGACUUACCACUCUCAGCCAUCCCAAUACAAAUAGAUUGGUCAACUUUCCAAGUGUGGCUAUGCUCCAGAAUACAAUUCAAGUGGCUUAACUGAUGAAGUUUCAACCUCAACAUGAAGGAGCAACACUAAACACGAUAGCAUACAGUAUGCUUGAACAUAUUACUAUUGAAUGAUAUGAUGCUUAAUUCUUAUUUGUAUGUGACAUUGCUCUCUGUGUGUUAAGUAGCUGUUGUUUGAAUGUUUAUUGUAAUCACAACAUCAAUACUUAUUUUUUUUAAACCCAAUUAGGAUUUUCAUUUUAUAUGUAAAUUUUUCAGUCAAAUAUACAUGUCUAUUCUUAUGUUUUACGUAUCAUUUCUGACAAAUAAACAACU